UGAUGGUGAAUGCAGAGUGCCAGACCACAUCCGGGGUAAGGACGGGAAGCCACCUCGCACGAUAAAAGUCAAGUGUUUCUCACCCUCGCCCCAUGACAGUGUCCGUCCACCAUCUGCCUCCACGGCUCCACCAUCAUCAGUCUCCACCCUACCCUCUUCAUCAGCCUACUGCGUCACACACCUGAUCUAUCUUUCCAGUCAGUAAUCUCCCGGUAUACAUAUCUUAGGAUCUGAUGUGAUGUGUAUGUAACGUUAACUGGGGGAAUGAAAUGUGUCAAACGCGAUUUGCAAGUGAUGUAUCACAAGUUACGGGACUGGGCUAAAUUGAACUAAUCUUUAUGACGUGUGAAUAGAUAAUGCCCCUCCAAAGAAAGCUGGAACCACAAGACGAUACUUACGUUGAAGUAUCUGAUAUAUUUACGUCUUGGUGUCCCGUCGGGUGAUAAUCCCUUUCACGUUUGUUUAUCUUUUCCCCAAACCCUGACGCCACAGCCCACGAUGGACGACAUGGAAUACGACGCCAUCAAUAUCGAAAAAUUUUCUGUGCCCCUGAACCUGGGAUCACCCACGACGCCCAGCUCUGAUAGUAAUGACAAAGAUAAAGUCAGAACGGAGGCCCAGGAUGAAUUUGUAGUGCUGGGUAUAGAAGACCACAGAGGCGAAGGAAAAAAGAAGGAAUCUGAUGGAGCUGAAGGAGAGAUAAGAGAAGAAAGUCGGAACAGAGACGAUAACAAGAGUCCUCAUGAUGGUGAAGAGGACAGUCAGAGUCCCGGUGUAGAUACGAGUGAACAAGGACUCCACAAAACACCCCAAGAGGACGAUAAAAAACACGGUAUCUUAACUGGUGAAGAGGGGCAACAGGUACAGACAGGCAGGAGUGAUGAUGAAGACCAGGUGGUGGUGAGCAGGGUGGCGAGUGAGGGUGACCCCGCCAGGAGACACACACACACACCCGCCCACCACAAGGUUCUUCCCUGUUGUUUUGAGUCUUCACGGUACACCAUGCAAACGAUCCAAACGGCUGAGUACCACGAAGAUGACGACGACAGCGAUUCAGAGUCAUCAGAUAGCGCCUCGACUUACGCAUCUCACAUGUCACAGGACUCUGAAGACGGGUACGAACUGGUGCGGACCCUCCGUCACUAUCGCCGUCGACGCCACCGCUCCUCUGACAGCAGCACCACUGACUCCCGGUGCUCCUGCGAGUCAUGCGCCUCUAAGAGCAACACGUCCUUCUUUGGCAGUGAGGAGGGGCCACCGGGAGGCGAGGCCACCAUCUACCGCCGAGCUGUUUUAUGGCUGGAGAGCAUUAAAUACCUGUGGGGUCUGUUUAUCUACGGGAUGCUGGCCUUCGCUACCCUGUUCACCGUGGCAGCUGUGUGGGCCAUGACACGUGACACGGAGUCGGACAAACAGAUCGGGAACAAGAUGCUGACAUGGGCGUUACCGAUGCUAGUGGUGGUGGUGGUAGUGAUCAUCGUGUGGAGGGCUGGUUGGUGGCUUCUGCUCCGGAAAGGUUACGGCAAGGGGAACCACACAGUUGACCGCAGGAACAUCAUUACAUUCGCCCAGAAGAGGAGGCUGGUGUACACCGUCAGGGGAGUCAUCUAUGCACCAAUCAGACCCAAUCCAGGUGGGAAGAACAAGCCGUUUAUGUAUGACAAGGUGUCUUACGAGAGUGAGUACGACUCUUCCAACUACUUUGAUAGUGACCUAGAGCCUGACGGGCAGUACCGCAGGGACAACACCCCAUGGAGGGAGAUAGGGGACCCCGUCAACAGGGAGAAAAGGAAUAUCUACACCCGUAAGGCUUGGUUGAGAGACGUGCCCAUCAUCUGGUGGGAACUGUGGACAGAACCUCCUAGGGAUUUUUAGGUCUUGUGAGGAUUCAGGGAAUAACAGGGAAAUUCUAAACUUAACACAGGGAGAGCUUGGACAAGUGUUGUCAUUAGAUUUGUUCACCGAGACGUCGUCCUUUAUGUCCAAGACUCAGGGUGUUAGAAGCUGGGUAUUGUGAACUGUUGGAAGAUAGGCGAUUUUUAUUUUUUUUAAUAGUUUAGAAAAGUCUUGACAACUUCAAUCAUUCAGUAAAAAUAAAUGAAAGAUAUAUUGUACUGAAUGAUAGACAUUUAUGUAAAAACAAGGACGUAAAGUUCCUAUACAGCUUCAAUAAGGAAUUUUUCACAAACAAUCUAAGGCAAUACUUUAUACCGACCAAUGGUAAUAUUAUAUAAAGACUUAAAUAAGCAGUUCCAACAACAUCCACAAGGAAAUUAAUCAUGAAGUAAAAUGGGAAACAUAUUGUACCUAACAUUGUCUAGAAUUAAAGUACCUAAGAAAUACUAAAAAUAAUUGUGACAGCUUAAACGAGUACUGUAUAUAGAGUAUCCACGACCAUGUAACAGUGUCAUUAGUGGUGCUAAGUGAUAUGUAUUACAUUAUCUAUAGUUCUGGAGUUAAAUGUUCUGACUUGUCUACCAGACACACAAACACAAAACGUAUAUUAGUGAUAAACUUUUACAGAUACUAGUAGGAUGUGUGGUAAUAAUUCCUUCCUUUAUUUUGGUUACAAGAAAAAAAAAAAAAUUAUAUAUAUAUAUAUAUAUAUAU